UUCAUCUGUAAUGCGUUAAUCUUAUCAGGCUGCGAAAUAAUACAUUAAUUCGAGACGAAAUAUCGCAUAAAAUUUCAAAAUAUUCAACGAGGUCGGUAUAAUGUACAAGUGUUCUAAAAACUGUUCUACAGUAAAAAAACAGAUACGUGACGCAAUCGCAGAAGCACCUUGGUUGUUGGAUGAAGUUUCCCUGCAGAGGAAGGUUGCGGAUCCUAAACUUCAUGUCACGAGAGACAUACUAAGACGAGACGAACCAGAACGUGUGAUUGAGCCAGCAGCAGAGUUGGAAGGUAUCCAGGAACCGAAAAUUGUGCAAGAAACUUUAAUAGUUCAAGAACCGAUUGUUAUCUCCGAGAAGUUAAUAAAACGGGAUGACGAGGAAGUCGAUUUCGUUGAAGAAAGAGAGCUGGUCGCCAAGAGAAUCACGGUAGAAGAAGACACAAUCGACGAGGACGAAAUCGAUCAGAUAAUACCACCAACGAAACAACGAGACGAAUCGGAACGCGUGAUCAAACCUGUGGAUGUCCAAGAACCAAGAGCUAUUCAAGAAACAUUGGUCGUAGAACAACCAAUUGUUAUUCCAACAGAUUAUGUUGACGAUCAGAUCGAGGUGGCCGAGACAAGGAAACCAGUUGUCGAUGAAACCAUAAUAGAGCGAACAAAUCAAAUUCCGGUGACAAAUGAGAAAGCCGAGGCCAUCGAGACCGAAAUCAUCGAUCAGACGAUAACACCAGCAAAAUUCGCAUUAGAGCAAAAGGUGGAUGUGGCGGAUGUGGAUGUGGUGGAGGUGGAAACUCGACUUCCGCAGGACGCGCCGACGAGGCAACGUCGAGAGAAAGAGGAAGACGACGAUUAUGGCGAAUUUAUCGACGAAGAAUUGCAGAAAUCUCUACCCACCGCGACCGCGAAGCAGAUUGCAGAGGAGGAGGAAGAGGAGGUGGAGGAAGUAAAAACGGUACGUCGGGAGAAGAUUCCUAUUAGGGAUGUGGAAGUCGAUCGCAAAGAGUUCACUGGACCAUCGGUGCCCGAAAGAUUUGAUCGCGUAGAAGUAGAAGAUAGAAUAGAGACUCCUGUUGCUUUGACGAUGGAAGAUGUGUCGCGUGAGCCUGAUCGCGUGUCUGCACCUGCACCUGCAAUAGCGGAGGAUGUCUGCGACGACACGUGCCCGCUGAUAAACCAACAAAAAGAGCGCAUUAUGCGCAAAUUGGAGGAACGGCAGAGGAUCGUAGAUCAUUAUUAUCUGACGAAGGGCUUCAGCUAUUUCGAGGACGUGUGCACGUGCUCGCUGGCUUGCGUACUGUACACCCUGAGCAGAGAUCAGUUCGUGAGGAGCAUAUUCGCGUCUCUCGCUUUGUUCGCGGUUGGACUGAAGCUGUGCUCCGAGCUGGAUGCAUGGGAGAUGCCAAGCCGCGUUUCAUAAAGCCAAACAUUGAUGUCAGACGUCGUGUAAUGAGACUCUCCUUCUCCUAAAAUCGUGACUGUCGUAUUUCAAAAUAAACGGGACGUCUUUUUAGCCGCACGAUAUAUGCAUUAACACAACGAUCGUUUCAUUUUUAUUUAAUGCGAAAUCUGUUCUUCGGAAAAAAAAGAUUUGCCAAUGUCUAUUUCCACUAAGGUAGACGAACAUACAAAUCGAAAUUUUAUGUACUACUAACUAUGUAUAAAUCAGAACUGGAAAGUAAUGCGCAUUGUCGUUAGAAGUCGUUUUCCCAAUAAUGACUUGAUACUAUUUUUUUUUCUUUAAUAACGAUUACAAUAAGGCAAUUAUGUUUUUUGGCAAACAGUAACAAGUUAACUAAAUAAACGAAUAAUUGUUACUUAUCGUUAUUAAUAAUCCUUACUAAUAAUCAUUACUUUUGUUAUUUUAUACAUGUAAAGUACAUAUAUAUAAAGUUGAGUAAUAGCAUAAUGUAAAUAAUAAAAAAACCUUCAAAACUUGAUAAAAGAACAGUAUCAGAAAAUGUAACAACUCAUCACUGUUUGACUAAUGAUAACAAGUUAUUUUUUACGAAAUUAGUAACGGCAACAAUAACUAGUUACCUUUUUUAAGAACGAUUUGAAACUAUUUUCUUUUUUUUUUUUUAAGG